UAUUAAUAGCAAUUUUCUGUGGAUAUGAUCAAUAAGUCCACAUAUUUUUCUACUUUUCUUGAGUAUAGCCCAUUGUGAAAUUAUUCAUUCUUGUUCUCAGGGACUUCUGGAAAUGGCAGUGAUUCUGAUGCUCUUCCCAAUCUCAACAAGGGGAGUCAUACCACUAGAAGAAUGGAUGAAAUUUGGAUUACCAAGAAUGAAAAUGAUGGAGAAUCUGAAUAUGGCAGUCACUCUGAGGCUUCAUCUGAUUUGACUGAGGAACAGAUUGCUGCAGCUAAAGAAUUGGAAGAUAUUUUGAAUGAACAAGAAAAUUCGCAAAAUACCAGCUUGAUUGAAGCAUCAGAAAAUUCUACUUUCAACAAUAUCAGUGCUUGUGAUGAUCUCGAGGUGAGCAAUGCAAUUUCUCCAUUUGAUGAUUCUGACAAUGAUAAGGAUUAUGUCCCAGACUCUGAUCAGUGUUCUGGUGAAGAUGAAAACAUAGUCAUUAAGAGAAGGAGACUCCUGUCAUCUCCUUUUAAGAACGAUGCUACCAAUAAUCCUGGUCCUUCAAUCACACAUGUUGGAUUAAGUUUGGACAAUACCAUGAAUAGGAGUGAAAGCGAAUCAGAUAAUAGUGAUGUGUUUAUGGUAUCAUCUGGGCCAUCAGGAAGGAAAAAUGAAAGAAGAACAGUAGAAAGAAACAUCAUUAAAAGAAACAGAAAUGGUGUACAUAGUCGUAAAAAUAAACAGGAAAGAAAAGAAAAACGAAACCUGGGGAAAGAAUAUACUACUAGUUAA